AAUCAAAAUUUAAAAAAUCUCAUCGCCUGGGAUGGUGUCAAGCAAACAAUGUUGACCGAAUAUUUCAGAAUGUGCUCAAUUGACUCUGAAGCAAAAACAUAUCUUUAUAGAGAAUUUCCAAAGUAUUAUGUUUGGAAUUCAAAGGUAAAGACUUGGACAAAAAGGAAAACAAGAUCUGUAAUUGGUCGCAUUGCAAUCGCUAAUCCUCGAGAAGGGGAAAGAUAUUAUGAGCGGUUGUUACUAAACCAUGUAAGGGGACCAUUGUCAUUCAACGACCUACUCACGGUCAAUGGCAAGCAAUGUCAAACCUUCAAAGAAGCAGCCAAAGAAAGAGGGUUACUUGAGUCUGACAACAGUAUAUCAGAAUGUAUGAGAGAGGCUGUUGUUUUCAAAAUGCCAUUCGCUCUUAGAAGUUUGUUUGCUACAAUUUUGGUUCAUUGUAACCCAACGGAUAUUAGAAAACUCUGGGAUACUUAUUAUGAGGAUAUGUCAGAGGACUUCAGCAGGCUAUAUGGCAACUCACACAAUACUAUACUACAGUCUACUCUGAAUAGUAUUAAUAAUUGCUUGCAGAGUAUGGGCAAAAGCAUAGACAUAUAUGACAUUCCUCAACUAGAUCACAAUUUCCUCGAAGUUGGUUCAUCAGAAUGUAGAGAAAUAAAUGAAGAAAUGUCCGUGCAAAUACCACCAGAAGAUAUUGAUGCACAGUCACAAUUAAAUCCAGAACAACAUCAUGCUUUUACAAAAAUAAUGCAAACAAUCAAUGCUGGAACAACUGCAAUAUUCUUUGUGGAUGGACCCGGGGGAACUGGAAAAACAUACCUAUAUCGUGCAUUACUUGCUAAUGUUAGAUCAAGAGGUAUGAUAGGUUUGGCAACAGCAACCAGUGGUGUAGCUGCUUCAAUCUUACCAGGAGGACGUACAGCACACUCAAGGUUUGAGAUCCCUCUUCAAACAAGUGAAUCAACUAUGACAAACAUGUCAAAGCAAAGUGGUGUUGCCAAAUUGAUUAGAAAAGCAAAAGUGAUUAUAUGGGAUGAAGCACCAAUGGCCAAACGACAAACAAUAGAAACAGUCGAUAGGAGCUUCAGAGACAUAAUGGACAUCGAUAAACCAUUCGGCGGAAAAGUCAUGGUUUUUGGAGGAGAUUUUCGGCAGGUGUUACCAGUAGUUCCAAAAUCAACUCGAGCAGAAAUUGUAAAUGCAAGCUUGGUCAAAUCAUAUCUCUGGCCUUUGAUGGAGAAGAUUCAAUUUACUAGAAAUAUGAGAGCAAGAACAGAUCCAACAUUUAGUGAGUUCUUACUUCGAGUGGGUAACGGUGAUGAACCAACAAUAAGAGAAAAUUUAAUCCUCCUCCCAGAACAAUUAACAAUCAAACAUUCCAAGGAUGAAAUUCCAGAAGAAUCCAUAAUAAAAGAGAUAUUUCAAAACCUGCAAGAAAAUGCUGCAACAACAAAAUAUGUCACUGAAAGAGCUAUUUUAGCAAGCAGAAAUGACCAUGUGGAUAAAAUUAACAACAAGUUAAUAUCUCAAUUCCCAGGUGAAAGCAAGAUAUUCAAUAGCUUUGACUCAGCAGAAGAUGACACCAACAACUAUUACCAAGAAGAAUAUCUAAAUACUUUAACACCAAAUGGUCUCCCACCACAUAGGUUAGAAUUGAAGGAAAAUGCACCUAUCAUGUUGCUAAGGAAUUUGGACCCUUCAAGUGGCUUAUGCAACGGCACACGAAUGAUAUGUCGAGGUUUCUCUCAAAAUGUCCUGCAUGCAGAAAUAUCAAGUGGUCAUUCUGCAACAAAACAUGUGUUUCUUCCAAGAAUACAACUAUCACCACCAGAAAAUGAAGGAUAUCCAUUUAAAUUCAUUCGAAAGCAAUUCCCCAUACGCCUUUGUUUUGCAAUGACUAUAAAUAAAGCUCAAGGUCAAACAAUUCACAAUGUUGGUUUGUAUUUGCCCCAACAUGUUUUCUCACAUGGUCAAUUGUACGUGGCGCUAUCAAGAGGGAUAUCUAUGUCCACAACAAAAGUACUUGUCCUAACAGAGCAACCCAAAUGUCAAAAAGGAACGUACACAAAGAACAUCGUCUAUAAGGAAGUUUUAGGUUUAGAAGAUACAAGUAAACCUAUACAAGCAUAAUGGAUUCUUCAACACCCACACUCUACAAUGCGUUAGGGUCAUUUUCAAAAUAUUCCUUUCAUUACUAUUAUCAGC